UGACAAAUGACCCAAACGUUUGCGCUUUUCUCUCAUUGUUUUUCACUUCUGAUCGCAUUGUUUUGGUUCAGACAACACGUGUUUUGACCGCAUUUCUCAUUAGCCGUAAAUAUCAUUGAGUGUCACAUCUCUGGACCAGACAUGAAGACCCGAAAACACGACUCCGAAGACACGGCCAAUAAAGUGACCAAAAUGUGCAACAGAUGUAAGGCUCACGACAUCUCAAACCCCUUCAAAGGCCACACUUCGUGUCCAUUCAGUGACUGUCGUUGUGUGAAAUGUGGAGACUAUGAGGAGAAGAUCCGGCGCAAGAAAGAGAGCGUUCAGAAAAUGAGAGCCUUGAAGACCGGGUCCGCCGAUCCCGUACUGAGCGUCACAUCCGACGGGCCAUCCAAUGGUCACAAGACUCCUGUGUCCAGUCGUAAAGGGGUGUCAAUCGCUGAGUUGAAGCGGGCGUUCACUAAGAAACACAAAAGCGCUCAAUUGAAUGGCCAGCGUUUGAGAGGCCGUCGGCCCAAGAGUUCGCUCCAAUCGGUUCACAAAAAGAGUGUCGUCACAGACAAUGUGAAUGACAACAAUCCUCCGCAACUCGAGUUGAUCUUACCUGAGCUGCCAUUGCCUGACCCGCCAUUGCUUGACCCGCCGUCACCCGAAAUGGUGGACAAUAACAGCCGUACGACUGAAGCGACCGAACCUGUGGUCAGUGGUUCUUCGGCCGCUCUUUGCGGCCAAUAUCUGAAGGCUUGCGAACAGCUGUCGAUAGAGCUCGCGAUGACAACACUGACACCGGAACAGAUCAUCGCGUGUUUGAAAUACACGGCAAUUCGCGACUGUUUGGGUGAUAUAGGAAUGGCCGUCAAAAAGAUCGCAAUUGCGAACCAAGAGAUGAGUUUUGGCACAGCAUUCAACAUUCAAAACCCCAUCCAAUCCAAUGGUGUGGUCGGCGGCGGCGGAGACACAACCGGCCGAUCCAAUGGACAUGUGGCCAACACUAGCGCCACUUCCGCCCGUCGGCUCUGUUCAACAGUGAACGGCAACUUCAAGCCAAACGAUGCGGUCAACUAUAGCCCGUCUUUCACUCCCAUUCGAAACAAUCAUUAGUUUUGAAACCAAAUUCAUUAUUUUGAUUACAAUUAUAAUUUUGCAAUUGAUUUGUUCCAACUUUUGUUUAAGCCAACGAUUGAUCUCUUUAUUUUCACUUUGAAAUUAUUUAUUUUGAUUACUAUUCUUGAAGUCACUAAAAAUGUUUAAAUUUAUAUCGAAAUACGAAUAAAAAUCUAUUAUUUAUCACAAUUAACAACAA